AUGUCGUGUCGCAUUGAUUCAGCUUCACGUGGAGUUAAAGAACUGUCGCCAUGGCGAGCCGGAAAACUUUACAACCAAAACGGGAAAACUCUGACAAAUAUUCAGUUCUGUUACCAACUUAUAACGAAAGGGAGAACCUUCCUCUGAUAGUCUGGCUCCUGGUGAAGUAUUUCGGGGAGAGUGGAUACGACUACGAGAUAAUUGUGAUUGACGACGGAAGCCCGGAUGGGACCUUGGAGGUUGGAGAGCAGCUGCAGAAGAUUUAUGGAGAGGACAAGAUACUUCUACGACCAAGAGCGUCUAAAUUAGGCCUCGGCACUGCCUACAUCCACGGCAUGAAGCAUGCGACCGGGAACUUCAUCCUCAUAAUGGACGCAGAUCUGUCCCAUCAUCCCAAAUUCAUCCCAGAAUUCAUUGAAAAGCAGAGGGAGGGUAAUUACGACCUGGUGUCUGGUACUCGAUAUAAAGGGAAUGGCGGCGUGUACGGCUGGGACCUGCGCAGGAAACUCAUCAGUCGGGGGGCCAACUUUUUGACUCAAGUGUUGUUGAGACCCGGCGCUUCAGAUCUCACAGGCAGCUUCAGGUUGUAUAAGAAGGAGGUGCUGGAGAGUCUGAUGAAGCGCUGCGUUUCUAAGGGGUACGUCUUCCAGAUGGAGAUGAUCAUCCGCGCCCGACAGCUCAACUACACGAUUGGAGAAGUGCCCAUUUCUUUUGUGGAUCGGGUUUAUGGAGAGUCCAAACUUGGAGGGAACGAGAUCGUGUCGUUUGCGAAAGGACUGCUCACACUAUUCGCCACGACAUGAUCACUGAUUGGACACGGCACAGUCUCAUUGUAUCUCUUUUAUAUUACAGUUACUGUCUUGAACAAAGUAGUGUGAUCAGAGUUUUGUAGCCGGGGAGAAGCUCAACCUGUGGAUGGUCAGAGAGCGACGUGAUGAAGAUUGACGAGAGACGUUAAGCACUAAAUCUAUGAUGACUUUCUGAAGACCUGCUGAAGACACAUGGUGCUUUACAUUCCAUCAUCAUGUUGGUUAGUUUUUAACACAGCACAUAGUUUGUCAUCAUUCCUGCAGACAGCAGACUGAAUGCUGUGAGCACAGUUGUCAGAUGGGUUUAAAUACAUGUUUGUUUGCUUUAACUGUAUAAAGUCAUUGUAUAAAAUAAACAGAUUGUAUUGUU